GGGAGAAGUUCCCUCCGUUCGGACUAAUAUUUCAAGGAACAAAUAGAUUACCGACCCUUUCUUAUAGAGUGAGGAUUGAAUGUCACAUAGUUUAAGACGUUGCGUUACUACGCAUGACUUUGAGUAUUUCUUCAAGAAAUAUGAGUUUAUGGUCUUCGUUGGAAGAAGCAUACGAUAAUUUAGGUCUUUCAGAAAGUGAUGGGGAAUGUAACAACUCUACCAAGUUAUAUAUGCAAAAAUUUCAGAGCAAAGUCGAUUUUUCAAUGAAAAAUGAAAGGAAGUUAAAAGAUAAAAGCGACAAGGCAACGACUGAUCAUGCUCUAGACAGAAGAUCGUGCUCCAUACUAUUCAAAAUGAUGAAUCAGGAAAUAUUUAGUGAAGUCAAUGGGUGUAUUAGUACAGGGAAAGAAGCAAACAUAUAUCAUGUAAAAAAUAAAGAGAACGUGGAUUUCGCUAUCAAAGUUUAUAUGACAUCAAUAAUGCCAUUUAAAUCUCGCGAUAAAUACGUAAACGGUGAUUUUAGAAUGCGUCAUGGUUACUCAAAGUCAACAUCUUGGAAGCUUGUAUGUAAAUGGAGUGAAAAAGAAUAUCGUAAUUUACUCCGAAUAAAUCAAUCGGGUUUAAUAAGUGCCCCCAAACCUCUACGUUUGAAAGGCGUCGUUCUAUUGAUGACGUUUGUUGGGAAGGAUGGUAUUCCCGCUCCAAAGUUAAAGGAUGUUUGUUUUCAAGAAAGCGAUUGCAAAGAUGCUCCCGAUUGGGCUGACUUGUACUUUCAAGUUGUUCAUGAUAUACGAACCUUGUUUCAGAAGUGCCGCUUAGUCCACGCCGACCUAAGCGAAUACAACUUACUAUAUCUUGAUGGAAGAGUUUGGAUGAUUGAUGUUUCCCAGGCUGUGGAACAUGAAUCGCCUCAAGCUCUUGAAUAUUUAAGAACUGAUUGUCACAAUAUAAAUAUAUUUUUUCGCAAACAAGGUGUCUCAACUUUAACAUUACGAGAACUUUUCGAAUGGGUAGUGAAUCCCUCAUUGCCUGCACCCGAUGACCCAUCAUCUAGAGAGUGCUUAAUGUCUUUACUUCGAGAAGCUUCAAUUCGUGGAUUAAAUGAAACAAUUGAAAAAGAGGAUGAAGCCUUUCGAUAUGUACAUAUUCCUCGAAAUUUAUCAGUAUCUUAUCCAUUUGUGAGAGAUUUCCUUAAAAUACAACGUGGACAAUUAUCACAUUCUGAUAUUUACUAUGCAGCUAUAACUGGACUGAAACCAGAUUUAACAGGCAUUUUAACACAACCUCAAGUGAUAAAAGAAAACAAUGAAUGUGAAUCGGACAAUGAAUCAAUUACAGACAAAGCUUCAAUCACUUCAGAAAUUUCUUCUGAAUCUAUUAGCGAAGAUGUAACUAAAGCAAAGACUAAUGCACGACCUCGAAAUGAAUCUCCAGAAAGUCGUAAAAAUAGAAAAAAGGCAAUCAAGCAAGAACAAGCUGAAAAGCGAAAACAUAAAAUUCCUAAGUAUGUUAAAAGACGUAAAAUAAAAAAGUAAAAACUUUGAAAUUGAUUGGUGUUUUGCUGACGAAUUGUUGUUAGAUUAUAAAUAUUAAUAUCCAAAUAACUGUAUUGCACCGUAGCGAAAACGUUCUGCUUAGACUAACUACACAACUUAAAUAACGACAUGUUUAAUAAUUAGUAUUCUUAAGAUUGGAACGCAAUGUAGUAUGGCGACUCGAACUGACGUACGUAAUUACGAAGUUCCACGUUGUUACUGACUGACUGAGGUUGGAACACCUACUAUAUAAUAUCACUAAAAGUUCAGACAGUAUUUAAUAUAUAUAAAACUAGAGUAACUUGAAAUGUUUCAAGGAACAUGGCGAAGGAAUAACUUACUUUAAACAGUGGAAACCUCUAUUUAAAUGUAAGGGGUGAUAGCUGGCAAGGUCUGGUAUAUGUAAGCCCAUAUCACAGCAAUAUUCGCACUGUUGGAGCGUCCUUAUUGACAGAAUAAGCUUACAGUCACAUUUUUGUUAGGAAUUAUCUACAUGAACAUCAUAAUAGCAUUAGUUUUUCAACAUGAACUGAUAUUAGUUGGAGGACCUUCAGAAGUUCAGCAGGCAUUGUUUCUCCGAAAUCCAAAAAAUCCUUAGGACUAAGCACACAGAAAGUAUUGAUUGUGUAGGAAAACUAAAAAGCUUACUCAAAUACUUAAGCGAAUCAGUUAGUAGUGAACCCAUGUACUACAGUUCUGAGAAUACUAGGUGUUGUACAGCAGUGAUCUAGAUACCUAACAUUUAUUCAAUAGAGCUUGUACAAUUGAAUCUCGCCUCAGUAACGAGGAUUUAUGCGGUAGGCAUAUUUAUUUCCAAUAAUUAUUAACUAUGAGGACGAAUUUGCAUUUGGUCUCAUAGGUGUAUCCUUUUACUUAAAUAAUUAUCCCAGGUUUUAGGACACGAAAAUAAAGCUUUGCAAGUUAACGAUUUAUAGUCGCCAAAUUCGCACUUUUUAGAAUUUACAUAGUUAUAGAAGUCUAUUUCCAACUUUGUAUAUCGUUGUCUUUACAUACCGGAAGAGAAUUGUUAAAAUAAAAGCAAUGAUACUUUUGAAGUAAAUUAAUUUGUACAAAGUAUAUCAUAUGUUCAGGCUGUUCCCGUCACAGCUACUUGGUUAUUAUCGUCAUCGUCAUCAUCAUCAUCCAAGUCUAUAUCACCAAUGUCAACAAAUAAAUGUUCGUCAAUCUCUACCACUUCACCACCAUUCGUUUCCAAAAAGGUCAAAUCUGAAUCGUCAUAAUGAUUAUCUUUCAAAAAUAGCUCACGUCCAGUUAGUCGUUUAACAGAAUUUUGAUCUUCAGAUAUUGUUUUCUCUUUUAAUAAUUCCAUUUCUGCAAGAAAUUUUGUAUUCCAUUCUAAAAAUGAUUCUACUGUAACUCUAUCACCACGAAAUUUUGCUUCUUCUUCUAAUUGUAUAGCUUUACGUUUUUCUUUAGCUUCAUUACGCUGACGAAUUAAAAUUUUUGUACAGAUACUAUCUAAUUUUUGUUGAACUUCUGUUAAUAUAUCAAAUAACAUUAUAAAUCCUAGAGAUCGUUCAAUUACUUCAUUGAUUAUAAUAUUUAUAUCAG